GAGCAUGGCGUGGCGUGGCGAGUGCGGGGCGUCAUUCCCCACUCGAUCUGAUCCCGGGAGGAGUGGUCGUGUUUUGCAAUGGGGAGGUGGGGGGCGAUCGCGAUGGUGCCUCCAGGUUGCGCUGGUUCGGAGCAGCCGCCGUCUCUCUCUUGCAGCGAAGAAGGGAAAGGGCCGUGACAGGAGCGUCGUUGCUGGUAGAAGUGAGACCGGACGAAAUAGGCGUGGUGUCGUCCAGAGAUGGCCCCGAUCCCUCUUCGGGGUCCUUGUCUCCUCGGAAACCCAAAAGUAGCUUGGGGGGAGCGGGAGAUAACCCGCUGGGCUCCAACAGGAAUGGUGAAGAGGGAGCUCGAGCACAGAUGACCGGGAGCAGUAAGGAAAUGGGCAGAAUGUCGCCCGAAUCGGGGGGUGUCUCUGCUGGCCCAAACUCCAGCCCUAGUCCAGGGAAUAAAGGCCUGCCAGGUCACGCUGCCAAGACCUUCCCAUCAUCGCCUAGCAAAGCAGGUGGGACCAGCCGGGCAAAGAUGUCCCUCACCGGAACCAGCAAGUCCCCAACGUCUAUCCAAAGUUUGGCCAUGCGUCUGCUGAGUAUGCCUGGGUCGCGACUUCCUGGGGAUGCUGGGACUCCCGCGGCAGAAGCCCUGGCCCCAGCCCCAGCCGCAGCCCCAACACCGGCCCCUGCUCAGCCUCCAGCCCCGACAGCGGAAGAGGCCAAGCCAAAGGUUCACCGGGCCCGGAAAACCAUGCCCAAACCCAACAGUGGACAGGUCCCCGAAAAGCGAGUCUCUGAGAUGCUGCAUUUCCGAGUCCCCGAUGACCUCAGGAGCAUUGAAGAACCAGAGGAACCUGCCAAGCGUAGAAAAUAUGAUUAUAUGGCUGAUGCCCUCCACAAGAGGAUGCCCCUCUCUCUCCAGCGGUCAAGUCCCAGAGCUACAACUGAGAUCACUGUGACGGAAGAGAUGACUGCCCCAGCCACUGCCUCGCAGGAGGAGAGGAGUCAGGAAUGGGAGACCGAGGUGGGGGAUGACUUCAGCCUCUUCUAUGACAGCUACUCCGUCGACGGCCAUGCUGAUUCGGACAGCAAGUCUGAUGCAGAUGUUGCUGGAGAGCAUAUGAGUGAGGAAGAAGAGGAGGAAGAGGAAGAGGAGGAAGAAGAGGAGGAGGAGGAGGAAGAGGACGACGAAGAUGAUGACGAGGAAGAAGAUGAAGACGAAGAGUCGGGUAACCUCUCUGACAGGAGCGCUGCCUCCAGCUCCAAACGAAAGGCCAGGAAGCGAUGGCGGAACGACAGCCCCUGGGUCAAGCCCAUGCGCAAACGGAAGCGCAAAGAACCAAACCCCAAGGAUGCCAGAGGGCUGAAUGGUGGCCCAACGACCACACAGAGCGAGUACACGGAGGUGCCUCUUGGCUGUUUGGAGCUGCCCAACCAGGGGGCGCUGUCCCCCAACAAUGCCGGGGUGUCGAAUGAGACGAGUUCUCUGGAGACGGAGCGCUUUGAGGAGUUGCCCCUCUGCUCCUGCCGCAUGGAAGCUCCAACCAUUGAGCGCCUCAGCCAGCAGGCUGGAAAUCAAUGCAUGGCAACCGAGAGUGCGGAUGGAGAGCUGAACGGCUGCAGCAGCAGCAUCUUGAAGCGGGAGACGAUGCGUCCCUCCAGCCGCGUCCCCCUCAUGGUCCUGUGUGAGGCCCACCGAGCCAGGAUGGUGAAGCAUCACUGCUGCCCUGGGUGUGGCUACUUCUGCACUGCGGGCACCUUUUUGGAGUGCCACCCUGACUUCCGCGUGGCUCAUCGCUUCCACAAGGCCUGCGUGUCGCAGCUCAACGGCAUGAUCUUCUGUCCGCACUGCGGGGAAGAUGCUUCGGAGGCCCAGGAGAUCACGAUAGCCAAGGCGGACACCUCUACUCCUGUCCCUGUUCCACCUUCUCACGGCCAGGGAGCCUCUGAGAGCACAGGCCGUGCUGACACUACCCAGCCCAGUGCUCGGAUGCGGGGGGGCUCAAGCGUAGAGCCCCCGCAGGACGAUAUGGCGGGUCUCGGCGGCCCAGGGAUCGACAGUGCGGGGCCACGGCUGACCCUACCAAACGGGGCGGUGCUGUCUGCUCAGGGGCUGCCUCCAGGGGCCGGCCGGGAACAAUUGGAACGGGCUCUGGUGGUACAGGAAUCCGAGCGGCGCAAGAAGCUGCGUUUUCACCCUCGCCAGCUCUAUCUCUCGGUCAAGCAAGGGGAGCUCCAGAAAGUGGUCCUGAUGUUGCAUGUCUGCCCUUCCUUUCCAGUGGACAGCUUGGACCCCAAUUUCCAGAGCGAGCAGCAGAGCAAACGAUUCCCACUGCAUGCCGCGGCACAGAAGGGCUUCCUGGAAAUCUGCCAUGUCUUGCUGCAGGCUGGUGCCAAUAUAAACUCGGUGGACAAGUUACGCCGGACCCCGCUAAUGGAGGCUGUCGCAAACAACCACGUGGAGUUAGCGCGUUACUUGGUCAAAAGGGGCGGCUGCGUUUACACUAAGGAGGAUGAUGGAUCUACCUGUCUCCAUCACGCUGCCAAGAAUGGAAAUGUGGAGAUGGUCAGCUUGCUGCUCUCCACAGGGCAGGUGGACGUCAACGCCCAGGAUAGCGGAGGUUGGACCCCCAUUAUCUGGGCUGCUGAGCAUAAGCACAUUGAGGUGAUCCGCAUGCUUCUCACCCGUGGAGCCGACGUCACGUUGACUGACAAUGAAGAGAACAUUUGCCUGCACUGGGCCUCCUUCACGGGGAGCGCGGAGAUUGCGGAAGUCCUGCUGAACGCCCAGUGCGAUCUCCACGCGGUCAAUUUCCACGGAGACACGCCUCUGCACAUAGCUGCGCGGGAGAGCUACCACGAGUGUGUCGUCCUAUUCCUGUCCCGGGGGGCCGACACGGAAGUGCGGAACAAAGAAGGGGACACUCCCUUGGACCUGACCUUGGAGAACUCGGAGGUGUGGUUUGCCUUGCAGCUGAACCGCAAGAUCCGCCAAGGGAUUCUGAACCGCUCCGUGCGCACCGAGCGCAUCAUCAGCAGGGAUGUGGCCCGUGGCUACGAGAACGUCCCCAUUCCCUGUGUCAACUCCGUGGACGAUGAGCCCUGCCCAGAGGAUUACAAAUACAUCUCGGAAAACUGUGAGACUUCCACCAUGAACAUCGACCGCAACAUCACCCAUUUGCAGCAUUGCACCUGCCAGGAUGACUGUUCCUCCAGCAAUUGCUUAUGUGGGCAGCUCAGCAUCCGCUGCUGGUAUGACAAGGACGGCCGUUUGCUGCAAGAGUUCAACAAGAUUGAGCCACCCCUGAUCUUUGAAUGCAACCAGGCCUGCACCUGCUGGAGAAACUGCAAGAACCGCGUGGUGCAGAGCGGCAUCAAGGUCCGCCUGCAGCUCUACCGCACGGCCAAAAUGGGAUGGGGUGUCCGGGCAUUGCAGACGAUUCCCCAAGGAACCUUUAUAUGCGAGUAUGUGGGGGAACUGAUUUCUGAUGCAGAAGCUGAUGUCAGGGAAGACGACUCGUACCUGUUUGAUCUGGACAAUAAGGACGGUGAGGUUUACUGCAUUGACGCACGUUAUUACGGGAAUGUCAGCCGCUUCAUCAACCACCUGUGCGACCCCAACAUCAUCCCCGUGCGGGUGUUUAUGCUUCACCAGGACCUGCGUUUCCCCCGCAUUGCCUUCUUCAGCAGCCGGGACAUUCAGACCGGCGAAGAGCUAGGGUUUGACUACGGCGACCGCUUCUGGGACAUCAAGAGCAAAUACUUCACAUGCCAGUGCGGCUCGGAGAAGUGCAAGCAUUCGGCCGAGGCCAUCGCCCUGGAGCAAAGCCGUCUUGCCCGCCUGGAGGCUCACCAGGACGGCCUGCCCGACAGCAGCAACCUCCCUGCCACGCAGGCCUGAGCUGGGCCCAGCUGCCAGACCCGGGCGCCGGGACCCUUUCCCUCCCCUCCUUCUCCAGCUCGCUGUGGCCCUGCUCUCCUACGGCAAGCGCAAUGGACGUGCAGGAGUUUCUCCUCCCCACCCCCACCCCCUCCACCAAGAGGAAGAGUUUGCUUGGGAAGAAACAUCCGGCUGGAGAAAAACUGUCAAAGCGAAAGGAGCCUCUCUGCAUAGGUGCGGAACCUUGCCUGACACAAUUGGACUACAGCCCCCAUCAGCCCCCAGCCAGCAUGGCCAAUGGCAAGGGAUGAUGGGAGUUGUAGUCCGGCCACAUCUGGAAGGGCCAAAAGGUCCCCAGCGCCUGGCACAGAGCAAUGGAUGGAGCACUGACGGCAUGCUGGCUGGGGGUUGGGGGUCCAGCGAUGCCUGGGAGGCCGCAGCUUCCCCAUCUCUGGCAUAGAGAGGGCAGAGGUCAAAGGUCGCGUGUGUGCCUGGAGGCUUUGGGCCUGACGUGCCUAGCCAGGCCGGUAUAACUCCCGAGCCACCCACACUUUUGCAUCCUUCAUUGCCAACCGGGGAAACCUUUGCACACGUGACUUUCUCUCGUGCCGGGCCAGGGUGCUCUUGUUGCUUUGAGCCCUGCGCCUGGCGUUGGGUCUUCUUCCUUCAGCAGCCACACGCUGCGAAGAAUUGCCUGACCCUGGCUCACAGACAGGCCCUCCAAACAGGCUCCUGUUUGCGAGGAAGGAUUCUGCGGGAUUUGGGGACGCAGCCUUGGCUUCCUUUCAGACCCCCAUGUUGCAGUGUGGCUGCUGACAGGACAAGCCCCACAUCAGGGGCGGGGCAGGGCUCUCAAGCGGUCAGGAGGCUGAGGGUUGCGUUCAAAUAUAAUGCUGCCUCCUUCUGGUGGGAUGGUGUAUGUGCGUGUCGCUAUCCUGCUUCCUGUCUGAUGCGCCAUGUCAGCUGGAGGGGGGGGGAUGUUCUUUAGUGGCCUUUUUCUUGUUUGGGGGCCAAGUUAAUGUUUACCUUUUUUGUGUGUGUGCGUGUGUGCGUGUGACACAAGUUUCAGUUUCGAACUGGAGCCAAGCUUUUUCCAAGCCUCCGCUUGUGGGGCUCGGUUAUGCCCGUGACGGUCCCAUAGCUGCGUCUCCUUUCAACCUCUGGAACAGCGCAAGUAUUGAUUCGGUUUGGAGGGGCCAGCCUUAUCUUUCUCUAUUUCUCCCCCCUCCCCCCCUCUCUUUUCUAUGGGUUUUCACAAUUUUGUUUGUUAAACUGUAAUUUUCUGGGGCCAUAAAACCAAUAAACGUUGGCAUCUGGCAAUUUUUUUUGAUACAAACUUAAAGCAAAGCCUCAAGGCAGAUGGUGUAUUUUUCUCUCUCUCUUGAUUCAUUCCACCCCUCCUGGCUGGGGAUUGUGUGUAUUAGAGGCAUCUGAAUGCUAGUUUGCAGGUCUUUUGUGCCCCUCUUGACCUUUGUGUGGAUUUUUUUUGGGGGGGGAGGGGGGGACAGGGCCUUGUCUGUGUAGUUACCACGACCUUGCAGAUGCCCUCCGAGAAUCCCAGAAGCACAGCAAGAUCCCCACCCAUCCCUCAAAGUUCCUUGGAGGAGUCCAGAACUUGGGGCCAUCCAAUGAAGAAGAAGUUUGGAAGGUUCAAAGCAGAUAAAAUAAACUACUUGUUUUUUUCACACUGCGCAUAAUGGAAUGGACAGUAGCAAUGGCCGUUAGCCUGGAUGACUUUACA